AUGGCAAACGAGUCCCUGAAUGGUGCCGAUCUCGAGCAGACCUCAUCCCUCAAGGGGAUGAGGCUCCACUGGAUGCGUGCUCGUGAAAACAUCGAUAUGCGAUGGGCAGACUCAUCCCUCAUGGUAUGCAGCUUCGUCUGUGGUCUCAUCGAUAGCGUCGCCUUCAACGCCGUUUCUGUUUUUGUUUCUAUGCAAACAGGCAACACGAUUUUUAUCGCCCUGGGUUCUGCCUCCCUUCCGGUCAGUCAGCCAACGGUUUGGGCUCGUGCUAUCGUUUCGGUCGCUGCCUUCUGGGUCGGCUGCUGGUUCUUUGCGACGGGCCUACGGCAGCUUGGCCCGCGCAACAAAUUGACUCUCUUCGCGUCAUUCUUCAUCCAGGCAGCCCUGAUCUUUGUGUCGGCUGCAAUGGCUCAGACGGAUGUGGCGCCGGCCUUCGGGUAUAAGAAUCUCGACCCUUUGGUUCCAUUCGACGAGGAACAGAAGCUGAGGGAGGAGGCCCACUACUCCUCUUACAUCGUCAUUGCCCUACUUGCGUUCCAGUCUAGUGGCCAAAUUACACUCAGCCGUAGCCUGGGAUUCAACGAAGUCCCAACAGUGGUUGUUACCUCUCUGUAUUGCGAUUUGUUCUCCGACCCAAAACUCCUUGACAUGCCCCUGAGGUCCAAUGUGAAGCGGAACCGACGCGUUUUGGCCGUUAUUCUUCUGGUAGCUGGUGGUAUCCUCGGCGGUUGGUUGCAACGAACGAGCGCGGGUAUGCCAGGAGCACUUUGGUUGGCAGCGGGCUUGAAGCUUGCUAUGGCUAUUUCAUGGCUUGGAUGGAGGAGUGAGACCGUCUCUGGCUAUGUUUGA